AAGUUUCCGGAGUUAGUCGAUGAAAACGAGGAGAUACUCCGAUUUCUUUCGAUCCAUCGUUGUCCAAUCAACUUGUAAGGAGCUACGUUAUCGAUAUAUUACCAACUUCGUUAACAAGCACAACACUACCGAGUAUCCUCUCAGUCCACAAGUCGAGUCUUGACGACAUGGCUGACAGCGACGAUAUCACUGAUUUGGUGCAAGAGUUCAUGGCAGUAACUGGGGCUGAAGAUGUUACGGCGAUGCGCUAUUUACAACAGUCUAAUUGGAAUGUAGAGUCCGCUGUGAAUGCUUUUUUGGACUCUAAUGUCAGCAAAGGAAGGCAUGGUGGAAAGGGAAACCCAAUUAUGAUUUCUGAUGAUGGUGACAAUGUUUCUCCUUCUGAAGAUGGGUCAUUCAAAGGUGCAACCACUGCAGAAGAAACUAAUCAAAACUUAACUGUUUUGUCAUGGAAUGUUGAUGGCCUGGAUGAGAGAAAUAUUUUGGAAAGAACACGAACAGUGUGCAGUGUCAUCAACAGUAAAAAACCUGAUGUGGUAUUCUUACAAGAGGUUGUUCAACAGACUCUGCCCAUAUUUCAGUCAAAGUGCCCAGGGUAUUUCUGCAAAUAUGGACCCACCCAUGCUUACUUCAACAUAAUGCUUCUAAAGAUGUCAUCAAUCAAAACCACAGGUGACCUUCAGUGUACACAUUUUCAGUCAAGUAAAAUGGGACGUCACUUACUCUGUCAGCCAGUCUUGUUUAAAAACAAGAUUGCACUGACUCUUAUGACCUCACACCUUGAGAGCACAGCUCAGUGCAAAGCUGAGCGGGUGAGACAACUUCAACAAGUUUUGAAGAGCAUGGCAGAACAGGCUGCAAAUGCCACUGCUAUAUUUGGAGGUGACACAAAUUUGCGGGACAAAGAGCUGUCAGCUUUUGGAGGAUUGCCAAGUGGUGUAGUCGAUGCAUGGGAGGAAAGUGGGAGACCUGCUGAUGCACAGUACUCUUGGGAUGUCAGAUUGAAUGACAAUUUAGACUGGCCUUAUCCCAACAAGCCAAGAAUAAGAUUUGACAGGUUUUUUGUUAGGUCUGCACAAGGCCAGAAUGCACUGAAAGCAAAUCAGUUUAUGUUAGUGGGAAUGGAGAGGAUUCCUGGAUGUCGCAGAUUUCCUAGUGAUCACUGGGGAAUUUUGUGCCAGUUCUCUCCUCCAAUAAAUAAGUUGUAAGAACUCUCUCUAAAAGCCAUUUUGAUGCUGCUUAAGUUAAGAUACCUGCUGUGAAAUACGAAAAUUACAAAAUUUUCUUUGUGGUUAUUAUACUCAAGAGCUAGAAGAUCAGGCUCUGGUUGUUUGAAGGUUGGAUAGUGCUAUCCACUGGAUAAAUCUCUACCCAGUGGAUAUCUGGAGGAUGGCACAGUACCUUUUACAAUCACUUACCUGCUGGAUAGUAGUUUAUCCAUUGGAUAACAUUAUCUGCCCUCUCCACAACCGGGCCGAGGAGUUUAUAGUGACAACACACAGUCAAAUGUUAAUAGAGCAACAGAAUUAAACUUCAGUUGACA